AUGGCGGACACGUCUUUUGCGCGACAGUGUACUACGCGUAUAAAAUGCCUUUUUACGACCUCCUGCUGGGCGAGCCUCUUUGACACUAUUUGUGACGACUCCAAAGCUGCUGGUGUAGAGUUUGUCGGAACUACCUUUUUCCUCCUCUUCGGUCUUGGCGGUAUCCAAGCAGCGACCGCGGAAAGCGAUGAUAUCAGACGCCCAUCUUCAGGAGUCGAGCAAGUGUUGUACAUAUCAACCUGCAUGGGGAUGAGCCUCCUCGUCUCUGCUUGGCUCUUCUUCCGUGUAACUGGCGGCUUGUUCAACCCGAACGUCUCCCUUGCUCUGUUAUUGAUCGGGGGCUUGAAGCCUGUCCGUUUCGUCCUUUACUGCGUCGCCCAACUAUCCGGCGCAAUAGCUGCCGCGGCUAUUGUGCGCGGCUUGACUUCUGCACCCCUCUCUGUCAACACAUUCCUUGCAAAUGGAACGAGUCGCGCUCAAGCGGUCUUCAUCGAAAUGUUUAUCACAGCGGCGCUUGUCCUCUCUGUGCUUAUGCUGGCAGCAGAGAAGCAUCACGCCACACCGUUCGCGCCGGUUGGGAUCGGCUUAACACUGUUCGCUUGCCAUCUCUUUGCGGUAUACUACACAGGAGCGAGCAUGAAUACGGCGAGGUCCUUUGGGCCAGCGGCCGUGUCAGGGUUCCACGACCCCAAUCAUUGGGUGUACUGGGUUGGCCCCUUCCUCGGCUCUCUUCUUGGAGCUGGCUUCUAUGUAGUGUUGAAGCACUAUCGAUACUGGACGCUCAAUCCCGAUCAAGCAACUACGGAUCCAAGAAAGUCGCCUUCAGACCCCAUAGAGAAGAUCGAAGACAAGCUGAAUAGUGUCAACCCAAGUAUCAACGUCACUGAGUCCAGCUCCGCAGGGAGAACGGGAAGUAGCGAGGCGCCCACGCUUAACAAGAUUCGGAUGGGAGAGCCGAGUACCAGCAGGAAUUCUGCGGGGGAUUGGGGGUUGCUCGAUGUAGGGCGUUGGGGCCAUGCGUCGAAGACGAGUUUGGACGACAGCGCCGUUUGA